GUAAUUUUUUUGAUUGAAUUUUUUAUUUGAUUUUUCUUCCGAGCGCAGUCUCUGAGCAGAGACACAGAGAUCAUGGCGGUGAACGGGAAGACGCUGCCGGCGGCGGUCGUGUUCCGCCACGCGCUGCAAUUCUUCAGGGACCACGCAUUGGCGGAGAUUGGCGAGGGCUGCGGGUUGGACGCCGGCCUCAACGAGGAAGACGUCAGAUGGGUGCUCACCGUGCCUGCCAUCUGGCGCCAGCCAGCGAAGCAACUCAUGCGCGAAGCUGCCUACAAGGCGGGCAUGGCAUCAGCAGAUCAACCACAACGUUUGCUGAUCGCACUAGAACCCGAAGCAGCAGCGAUUUAUUGCAGAAAGCUGAAGUUCUGGGACCUGAAAGACAGAUCGCCAGCCAUGAGCACCCACACUUGGCACGGAAACACCUGUUUCACUGAAUACGUCAUCAAGGAGCUCGAAAAAGGAACAACUUACAUGGUGGUGGACUGCGGUGGAGGAACUGUGGACAUCACUGUGCAUGAAAUCAUGGAUGCUGAAGGGAACAUGAAGGAAAUACAGAAGGCCAGUGGGGAUGCCUGCGGAUCCAUUGAGGUGGACAAAGCCUUCGAGAAACUCCUGGAACAGGUCUUUGGAGAGGCAGAACUGAAGAGGUGGAAAACGAAGCAUCCCUCUGCCUAUGUGCACCUUCUUGCCACAUUUGAAACGAAAAAGCGCUACGCCAGGCCAACGAAACAAGACCCCGCCAACCUUGUAGAGAACGUCUUCAGGAGCUUCAAGGAGCGGAAGAUAAACUACUUGUUCCUUGUUGGAGGGUUUGCUGAGUCGCCUUUGUUGCAGGAGAGAAUCAAAAAGGAAUUCCAGGACAGAACCAAAGUUAUCAUUCCAAACGAUCCCGCUGUCGUGAUCCUCAAGGGGGCAUCCAUGUUUGGUGUGGAUCCAUCUGUGGUCAGAGUGCGCAGAGCCAGGAUGACUUAUGGCGUUGGAGUGCUUCAGCCUUUCAACGUGGACAUGCAUCCUUUA